CAACAACAGUGACAGACCAGUCACUACUGUGUACUGAUUAGUAACUACAGAGUUGCGAUACUACUCACUAUUCACUAUAGGUGUACUAUAGUGCCGUCUCUAUUUUGUGUGUUAGUGUGCCGUUAAAAGUAUUUGAUAAUUGUUUUUAAACAUUUUAAUUUCAAAUUUUAUUUAUCCUACAUUUACUUUUAUUUUUUAAAAUUUACUCACGUACCUAUCUAUAAUGUUCGUAAUGUAGACAGCUCAUUUACAGACAGUAAUUGAUAAUAUUUGAAAAUAUGUUAUUUUUUGUACCUAAAAUAUAAAAUAAUCUGGGUACCUACCUAACUAUUAACAUUAAAAUUUAUAAAAUAUGUAAGUAUAAGAAUAUUAUGAUACAUUUAUAACAUAUAUUUAAUUCUUUAUUGUAUUAUUAAUGUAUCAUAUUUAUGUUAACUAUAAAUGUAUACAAUUCAAUUAAAGUAUAUCAUUAUAUCUACCUGUAGUACAAAAAUAUUUCACUACUAAAUUCCUGUAGGUAAUCCUAUUAUAUAAAGGAUUAAUUUGCUUUUAAAUCUGUAGUGAAACUAUUAGUGAUGUACAUAUACUUACCUAGCUAUUCUUUACUUAUAUAUAUAAAAAAAAAAAAUCUUUAGUAAUUAUUGAGCAUAGGCACAUUGUUGAUGUAAUGAGCUAUAGUUAAAUUUUUUCAAAAUUAAGUUUUAUUUAGUAAAACAAGAGUAUUUUAUCUAAACUAAUUCUAUUUCAAUUAUGUAUUAUUUUAAGAUACUACACUAUUGAAUUUUUUUGUUUCUUAAUACUUUAUCAUAUUUUUUCAUUUAACUUAUUUAAUUUUGUAAAUAUAACAUACAGUAGUGUAUAGUAAAUAAAGGAUUUCUUUUUACCAUAAGAAAAGUUUAUAAACUUUAUAAACAUAGGUGCAAAAUAGGCCUCAGAAAAUCACCCAAAGCUCUUCCCCCCUAAAUCUUCAUUUUUUUAAAAAUUAAAAAUUAAAUUUAACUAGUUAUUAAAUUGGCAAAAUAAUAGUAGGUAUUUACUCAGUUUAGUACAUAAUUUAUUAAUACUAAAUUUUGGUGUAAUUGAUGUUUGAAACUAUUUCAAUGGUUUCAGAUUUUCCGGUUCAUUAUUGGCUUUUUGAUAAUAGAAAAAAAUCUUACAGUAGCAUUUGUUUGGGUAAUGGCCCACACAACUGAUAGUACUAAUCUAAGAGUAUUUAAUCUGAUUUUAUAUUUUUUUUUUUUCACUUCUUUUCAGCAACAGCCCAUAACUUGGGGUAUUACAAAACAUUGACAAAUUGCUACAGUGGUUUUUUAUUUGUGAAGUCACUGAAAACUCAGUUCGUAAAUUAUUAUUCUAAUUCACAAUCUAAAAGUAUUGCGAGUGUCUGAAGGUCAAAAAAUAAAAAUCUGAUUAAAUACUUAUUGAGUGAAUAAUUGAUUAAAUGUUAUACAAGACACUUUUCAAUACAUUACCAUUUUAUCCAAUACCCAAAAGCUAUGUGGUGUUGUUGAAAAAGAGUGAACAGUUAAAAAACUCAAAAUCAAAAAUUGUCUGAGCAGGUACUUGAUCAAAUGAUAUUUAAGAUGUUAUUAAUAAUUUAUUUUUUUCUUGUUACCUAAAACUCAGAGCUCAACUAGAUAUGUAAUAUACUAUAUAAUUAUGUAAGGUUCUUAUAGUUUUAUGUACUUAAGUGGUUUAAUAAUUUAACAGAAGGAUAAAAUUGCUAAUUUAAUAAUUAAUAAUAUUAUAUAUAUAUUAAUUAUACAAGUAUAAUACUUUGCAUUUAUUCUUACUUAAUAUUAUUAACACUCAAAUUUAAAUUGUCCAUUUAUAAGAUAUUUUAUGAAAUGCUAUUAAACAACAAAAUUGUGCAUUUUUAAUUUAUUUACAUUAUAUAAAACAUAACUGUUUUUCAUAUUAUUAGAAUAUUGUAUAUUUGUUCUAAGAAUCAAUUGCAAAACAUUGCUGUUAUAACAUACAUAGAAUUCAGAAGAAUAAACUGUUACUGUUAUUGUUACUUUUUUAUUAAUAAUUGAUUUAUAGUUUUCAAUUAUAAUUGGUUUAAUAUGGUUAUUUAGAAACAACCAUUUCUUGGUAGGUUGUCCUGUGAAAAAAAAAAAUUGUUUGCUUACAUUCAUAAAAAUUUGCUAAAGAAUAAAGAUAAUUUCUAAUGUUUAUGUCUAAAUGAUUAUUAUUAAACACUUAGUAUCUAUUAGCUAGAAGUAACUAUUUUAUUAUGGUCUUUAAAUAUAUACAAAAUAAAGGUACCAUACAGAUUUUUAAAAGCCUUGAAGAUAGAUCAACUGUUUAAUCAUAAUAUUGUAGUUAGGUAUAUAUUUGUUUAUAUUUAUGUUUAGUUGAGAAAAUACUUAUAGAAGAGAAUGACUAUAACAUUUAAAUGCUACUGUUAAUUAUAUAAUAUUAUGAUAAACAAAUUGUUCCUAAUUUACCCCUUUUUAUGUAAAGGUUGAUUUCAAAUUGAAAUGUGAAAUGUGCGUCUCAUUACAAUUCAAAUCCAAGGUGACCCAAAUGAAAUAUUUAGUGUUACCUGAAAGUAUGAGAAUAAUGCAUAUAAGAACUGAAGUGUGACAUAAUCUAUAGUUAGAAAAUUAGAAGUUGGUAGUGGUGUUUCACUCACAAAAAUGAGGUCAACAAAAUAUAAGGUUAAUUGUGGCAAGUUAGAAAUUAUUGUUUCAUACUUGAAUACUAAAAAAAAAAAAAUAUAUAUUAUAAAAGUUAAUACUUAGCAAGGUUAUAAGGGUUGAUCUUACAAUGUUUCAUUAGGUGUUUGAUAAUGGUACUGGACAUUCUAGAACAUAAUUAUAACACCAAAUUUAAAAUUGAAAUUAUUACACUUAAGUAUUAAGAGUAAAAUACCUACCUACUUGUUUAAAAUUUGUUCAAAAUAUACAUUUUAUGAGAUCUAUUUAUUUAAUUAAACACAAAUAAUUCUGGUUAUAACUCAAAAAUAUAUACUGAAUAAAUAUUAUUAACAUGGAUUAAUUGCUUACCCAAAAAUUACUUAUAUAAUAUAAAAUUACAUUUGAGCAAUAGAAUUUUUGUAAUAAAAAAAUUUGCAUUGUAAUCAAUUUUAUAUCCAAAGAUUCCAUAUAAUACUUUAACAUUAUACAAGUUUGUUAAGUUUAUUUAUUUUUAACAUUUCAUUUAACAAAUAUAUCUACCUAUUAAAUGUAAAGCCAGUUGACUGUCAUGCCUAAUUACUGUAGGAUGAGACAUACUAUUUCUAUAUAUAUAUACAUAAACUAUAUUUAAUUUCUAUAGUGCUAGAGAUUGUUACUUUAUAACUCAUCUUUAAUAUAUAUAAAAAAAAAACAAUGAAAUGUUAUUUGUGUAUAUCUGCUAUUUUUAAGGGACCCAGUGCCAGUAAAAAUUAUUUUUAACAUUUUUAUGACAGUAAAAUUCUAUUAAUCUAUUGCCCGAUAUCCAUUUAAGGGAAAUGAGUAUGGUUGCUUUUAAGUAAUUGUACUUCAUAGGAAUAAAAUAGGGAUAGCUCAUUGUUAAUUUAAUAUCUUUUAGCAUUUCUUUUUUAAUUGAUAAAUAACAAUACUUUACAGCCUACAUUGAACUUUAAUUUUUUAUUUGAUUUCAAAUAAUGAUAAAAAGACUUAUGUCAAAAUGUUUAUACAAAUGAAACCUCAGAAUAACAGAGACUUGUCAGCAAAAUUUCAUCUGUCAUUCAGAGGUGUCUGACAUUUAAGGGUGUACAUUUUUGAAAUUUAUAAAUGGUAAAUGUGUCUUCCAGUGAUCAUCAGCUUUUCUAUCAAUGGCUGAUGAUUCCCCAAACUAAAUAUUAUGUAUUUUUCAGAAUUUUUCAAGCUUAUCUGUUUGAAGCUUUGAAAUCAUAUAACUCAUGAAUCUUUGCUUUCUGUUGUUUUGACAGAAGUCUAAAAUUUCAACUUUUUUAUGAGCCACUUACGUUUUAAUAAACUUAUCACUAACGAAUUGGACAAAACAUCAGCAGUUAAAAUAUUUUGUCAUAUUGGUUGUUACUUGUUGUAAUAUUAUCUUAUUGUCCCUUAACGACUUCAAUGAACGAGUUCGUUAUUAUUAUACUUGUGAGAGCGUGUUUUUUGUUGUUAUUUUGUCAUAAUUUUUAUAUUUAGAUUAAAAUAGAUGCCCUAUAUUCGGAAGUUUUCCCAUUGAAAAGUAAUGAAAAUAUCCCUGCUCAACAGUUAAGGGAAGUUUCACUAAACAGUUUUUUAAUACAUUUUUACCUUAGUUUAAUCUUUGUUUCACAUUUUCAAAUUGUAUAUCUAUGUGAGGCUUUCUCAUGUGAAAAAAAAGUUUAGACACGAGUAUGUUACCUUUAAAAGAGUCAAUCAAUUUCAUCACAUAAAAUUGAACAAGAUUAGUAUAAUAAUGUCUACAUUUUAUUUUUUUCAACCUUACAAAAUAGAUCAAUGGCUUUUCAAGAAUCCAAUCAAACAGGCUAUUGGGGAAAACCUACAGCUACCAUUGAUUGGUGUGAGAAAAAUUAUGAAGUAAAUUACUACGUUGCAGAAAUGUGUGAGUGAAAUACAUUUUAAAGUGGUAUAGUUGUAUAAUUCAAUGUUUUAAAAUUUUCGUUUAAUUUAUUGCAGGGAAUACCGUUAGUAAUUUAAUGAUGAUUAUACCUCCAUUAUGGGGUAUUUUAGACAUGAAAAAACAAAAGUUUGCCCGAAGAUUUUUGUUUUGUUAUUUAUUUAUUAUGGGUGUGUAAAAUAUUUAACAUACUAUACUUUUGUUUUGAAGAAUUUUUUAAGAACAGAAAAUAUUUACACAAUUUAAUUAUUAUCUUAAUUUAGUGGUUGGUUUUGGCAGUUGGGCAUUUCACAUGACACUUUUGUAUGAAAUGCAGUUAUUUGAUGAGUUACCUAUGGUUUGGGGAACAUGUUAUUGUGUUUAUUGCUUGUACGUAUAGUAAAAUCUAUUUUAAAUUAUUCGACUUAUAAUUUAAUUAAAUUAAAUAUAUAUUUUUUUUAUAGAUCAAUAGUUAAACAUGAUAUGAAAUCAAAAGUUAUUCCAAAUAAAUUAUUGUUACUAGUGUUGAUGAUUAUAAGUGUUGGAUUUGCAAUAAUCUAUCUUGCUUGGCCACAGCCAUUAUUGCAACAUUUUUGUUAUGGUAUACUAGUGGCAAUAUCAUUAGCACAAGAAGUCAAAUUGAUAUUAGAAUUUAAAUGUGGAGUUUGUAAACAUAUAUUUAUUGUUGCACUAAUGUUAUACCUUUUUGGAUUUUUUUUGUGGAAUAUAGAUAAUAUAUUUUGCAAAAAUCUUAUGUAAGUUUUGUAUAUCUAUAUAUAUAUUCACACAAACAUAACAUAGUAUAUCAAAAUAUAAUAAAUUAAUAUUUAAGUUAAAUGUAUCAAUUAUAAUUGAAUAAUUAUUUUUGAAAUUAAAAAAAAAAAAAAUGUUAUAUUUAAUAAAUAUGUGUAAUGUGCAUUUAACUAUUUGAUACUAGUCUUGUUUGCUAUUAAUUGAACAUCGUUUUUAGUAUAUUAUACUAUACAGGGUGGUUAAUUAAGCAUACUGGCCCAAUUUUUAUGAUUACAUUUUGUAUAAUUUGCAUAUAUUAUAUUAAAGUUCUGAAUUUUUUAUUUUUAAGUGUAGUUAAACGUGAUAUUUUCAAAUACUUACAUUUUGAAGGAAUAACCGGUGACGUUACCAACUUGAGUUUUUUAAAAUGAGAAUCUAUAUUAAAAAUUCUCUAAAUAUAUGACUUGUAUUAGUUCAAAUUUAUUUUGGGUUUGGCAUUUUUGAUUUCCAUCAAUCUAUCAAUAUUUUAAUUUUGGAGAGAGUAAUUGAGCAUUAUGAAAACAUCGCUCAAUAUGCUGCCACAUAAAUGAUGCUUUUUAGACUGUUGUCCUUAGUAUAUUAAAGUAGAAUGACUCAAACAUUUUUGUUUAAUUUUCGAUUAUAAUAAAUCAACAUUUUAAGUAAAAUCAUUUGAUUUUAAUUUGCAUUAAAACAUGUUUGUUCUCGUUUAAAAAACUUGUGUUGGUAUCAAUACGAGAUACUUUUUAAAUGUUGAAAAUAUUAGCUUUAAAUACAGUUGGAAAUUUCAAAAAUCAUUGUAAUGCAUGCAAAAUGAAACAAUAAACAUGGAGUGAGCAUAUUUAAUGUAUCCUCUUGUGUAAAGUAGUAAACUAUUCAUUAUUAAAUACAUAUUUUUGAAACAUAAUUUCAUAUUUAUAAUUAAUUGAAUAUAUUACAUUCUUUUAUGCAUUUUAAAUGAAUUUAUAAUUGUAAAAUAUCAUUAAUCAAUAUUAAAUUUUAUUUAAUCUAGGUGCUAAAACAUAUUUUUCUUGUGUAUUAAACCUUUCCAUUUAGUUAUUUGAUAUUUUAUGAAUGAGCAUGAUUCCCUUUAAAUUAAGUUAUGCCAAUCUUAUAAUUUGUAUGACCAUAGACAAUUUCUCAAUUAGUUAUUUAUAUUUAGUUUAGUUAAUUGUUAAUUUUAUUUUGUUAAAAAAUUAAUUAACAAAUUAACUAAUGUUAAAAAAAAAAAUCAAAAUUUUAAUUUUGAUUUAUAAAUAGUUAUGACAUUAAUAUUUUUUUGUUUUAAUUUUGUUGAACAAUACAUUUAAAAAUGAUUACAUUACAAUAUAAACUUAUAAUAAUUGUUGACGUUUCUAAAGUUGUGUUUAAAAUUUAACAAGAUUAGUGCCAACUACAGUUAAAACAUUAAAGUAAAAAAUUAUCAAAAUUUUGUUUCAGUUAUAAUUAUAUACUAAUAUUUAUAAUAUUUAAUAUUCAAAAGUAAAUUAUAAUUUUUAAAUAUUUUUAAAUUUGUUUAUUGCAUUUCAAAAUUAGGGCAUUUUUCAUACAAUUAUACUAUUCAUAAUUAAUUUUAGUAAUUAUAUAUUUAAUUGUACAGGACUUUAAGAGAACAGAUUCCAAUGUUUCUUCAACCAGUAACUCAAUUACAUGGCUGGUGGCACGUAUUUGCAGGAUAUGGUGUUUAUAUUCAAGUUUUAUUUUGGUAAUGACUUUUAAACAUUUAUUUAAUCAUAUUAGUUUUUUGUUUUUAAAUUUCUUAAUUUUGAAUUUGUCCCAUUUUAGUAUUCAUAGUACAUAUGAUUAUCAUAAAAAGUAUCGACUAUCAAAUACACUUUUACCAGAACAUAUGUAUUUUAGUAUUCGUUGGCAGAAAACAACAAAACAAUAUUGAAUAAUUAAUAUUGAAACAAAUAAUAACUUGUGUAGUAUUAUUUUUUUUGUUAUUAUUAUUUUUAUUGUACUACAUUUGUUCACAUAUUUAUUUUGUUGAAUCUAUAAUAAUAGUUGAAAUACUAAUUAAAAAUAUUUAAUCUUUUUUACAUUAAUUGGUAGGUAGAAUAAAUAUUUAACUUAAUUUAAAUUCUACCUAUUAUUAAUUUCAAAUGUAAUAAAUGAUUAUAAAUAAUAGUGUUUAUAACCAGUGAUAUCAUAGUAUAAGUACCUAAUUCAAAUUGAAUUUAAAAAUUUAGUUUUAUUUAGAUUUGUGUUAAAAGUUACUGUAAAAACAAUUUUUAUAAUAGUUUUGCUUAAAUUCUAGUUUAAUUUCUAUUUCUUAUUUUUAUUAUAAAACCAAUGAAAUAAUAAAAUGAAGUAUAAUUUUAAAUAGUGUAUGAGACUGUGUAUAGGAUUGAUUGUUCAAUUGUAUCAUAAAACUUUAAAAAUCUAUUAGGAUAUUUAAUUUUGAUGCACAACGAUAUUGAACCAAUUUUAUCAAUAUAAAUGUGUCUAAUUUAUUGAAAGUACAUCGAUAUUUGAUAUAAUUUUAGUUAAACACAUUAUUUUAUACAUAUUUUGAAGAAAGCAAUUAUACAAAAUUUGGAUCUAUAUUUGUAUCUAUGUUAGUUGAAUAAUAUUCAUUGAAUAAUAAAUGGGGCUCGGAAAAAAUAAUUUUUUUAUAAAAAUGUGUUUAAUUUAAUAUGUUAAAAUAAUGAAUGAAUAAAUUAUUUUAGUAGUUUUGUAUUGAUUUAGUUCUAUAAAUUAUAUUAAUAUAAAUUAAUCAAUAUUAAUAAUUGAAAUUAUAUCGUUGUGUGUCACUAAUAUUUAGUGAGGUUACUAUUGUUUGAAGUGAUAUCUUUUGUUUUUUAAACUAAGGUUUUAUAACAAUGGUGAAUUAGUUUUAAAUGUAUAGAUAUUAUUUUUAAAUUUAAAUUUCUUUAAUUUUUUCCAGUUUUAUGAAUAAUUUAAAUAAUUAAGUUCUCAAUAUGAUUCAAAUUAUUUUAGCAGAUAGUAUGUUUUUUUUUUUGUUUUUGUAAUUUCUAUAUUCUAAUUUCCUUUUUGGUUUUAACUCAUCUUAACUGUUUAAAAUUGUUUACUUUUUCAAAAGACCUUGUUUUACUUUAAAUAAUUUCCAUAAAUUUUUGUUUCUCAUCCAAGCCCAGUGUCAUCAUUCUUAAUUAAGUUAUGUUUAUUUUCACACUCUAUGUCUUUACUUAGAUUGUUUUGGCUAUCAGCAUAGAUUGAUAUUUGAAUAUUUUCUAAAUAAUCAUUUAUCCCUUUAGCCGAUAAUUCUUGUGUUUAACUAAUGAAAUGUUAAACAUGAGUGGUGAAAGUUGGUCACUCUGUUUUAGUUCUGUCAUGAUUUUAAAGGUUCCUUAUAAUGUAUUCCAUGUUUUUACUUGAUAAAUAGUGUUUACCACCUAUAUUUUAACGAGUUAAAUUGCUUUUUCUAGAACACGUACAUAAUAAUAUAUAAUAAUAUUAUUAUGUAUACUGCCAUUCUCUUGCUAAAAUCAACAAAUAUCUGACAUAAAUUUUGUCUAUACUUAUAUUUAUUCUCCAUUUUUUUGUUGCUGAUUGAUAGUUGGUCAACGGUUUACUUAUUUUUUAGAAGAAGCUCUGGUAUUCACUGAUGCAUUCCUCAGCUAUCGGUUGAAGUCAUUCUAGUAGUAUUUUUGAGAAUUUUUUAUACAUGGUGUUUAGUAUAGAAAUGCUUGUAAUUUGUAUAGUUUAACUUGUCACCUUUUUUAUGUACUAGUAUUAUAAUCAAAUUUGUGCAGUUCUUUGGAAUUUCUUUAAUUCCACAUGUCUUUUAUACUGCAUGUAUAAUCUGGCAUAUUCAUUCUCAUAUUUUAUUAGUUUCACAUUAAUUUUGUCAAUACCUGGAGCUUUCUAAUUUUUUAAGCUUUGAAUUUCCAUUAUUGUUUUAUUUAUUAUUACGUCUUGUACUAUUGGUUCUACACUCUUUUCUUUGCUUUCUGACAUUGGUGACUCAAGAGUUUCCAUUUUAAUAGGUCUUUUUUGAAAUACUCUUUUCAGCUGUUGGUUAUUUUCUUUGGUUCCAUCUUUUUUUUUUUUUCAUUGCAUUGUCCUUUUGACAAUAUAUUCUCUACAUAUUCUUUGCAUUGUCAUUCUGGGUAGAAAAGUUUAUUGAAUUUUGAUUUGCUAUACCAUUUAUUGUGUUCUAUUUAUUUUUGCAAGUACCUUCCUUCAAUCAUCAUCAAACUAUUUAUUCUGUUUUUGGGUUGAACCUUCUAUGGUCCCUUUUGUUACUUUAGUUAUAGUAUUAUAGUAUUCGGUAUCUGUAGACAUUUGAAUAUGCCUGUGGAAGAGGGUGGAUUGUAUUGUUUUCUCCAACUAUUUUGUAAUUGCUAUUUUAUAUUUUUUUUCUUGUACACCUACUUUGAAUUUUUCAAUAAAAAAUGUUGUUUUUUUUUAAAAUUAUAUAUACUCCUUUUAUUUAUUUACUAAUUUAUAUUUUGAAAUAUAUAACUGGGUAGGAUAGGUUAGGUCAUAGUCAUAGUCAUAGUCAGUGUCAUGGAAACUUCUUACGUCCUGGAUGUUUGUCCUGAAUCUUGUUUGUAUGUGUAGGUAUAUAAUCUAUUUGAUUUUUUGUGUUAAAAUAAGUGAAUAUUUUUGUGUGGAAAUGUUGUGCUACUGAUUAUUAUUCCUUUUGACAUAGCUAAUGAUAUUAAUUGAGAGUCUAAUCAUUAUUUAUCAUUGCCAUAAUUUAAUCAUUGAGAGUCUACUGGUAAUUGUGCUUUUCUUUUAGUUUUUUGUAUUACAGUUGCCAAAUAUUAUUUUAUUUUUUUUUAAUGUUAUAUACAUUAUAUAUAAGAUAUAUAUAUGUAUACUGUACAUGUUUAUUAUAUGGCUAUUAAGUUUCUAUAUCUCAUUUUACAGCUAGUAGAAAGAGAAAAUGUUGGGUUUUGUUUAGUAAAAGUAGCUUAGAAAUAAAAUUAAGUAGUAUUUUAGAUAAAUAAUUGACCUCUGGUGGUAAUUUUUUCCUGAUUUUAUUUUGAUUCAGCAAGUGUCAAGUUUGUUUCUAAGCUUUAAUCAAAAUUAUUUUUUAUCUUAAUGAAUUAUUGACAAAAAUAAAUUGUAACAAAAAUUACUUUUACCAAUACAGACUUAAUGUAAUUAUGAUUUAUGCAUUUUAUUUGAUCAUAGUAUCAUCUUUAUUAUCAUCAUACCAUUAUUUCACCAUUGGGUUGUAAAUAUGUAAUUUAUUAAACUGAUAUAUUUUAAAAAUUUUAAUAUCUGUGAUUUAUGUAUUAAUAGUAAUAUAGUAGAAUAAUUUUUGUUAAAUAGUUUUUUAAAUUCAUAUUGAUAUUCUUUAACAUUUAUGUAAUUUGUUAAAAUGCAUCACAAAAAAAUUAGGUAUAAGUAUUUAUAAUAUGAUUUUGAAUGUAUACAUUAAAUUAAACUAUUGCACAAUUAUGUAUAAUAAAAUAUAAAAUAAUAUUAUAACUAACACUUUGCUGUCAUGAAAAAAUAAUGCUGUUAUGUUAUUAUAUAGGUAGGUACUUAAGUGAAUUGUAUUUUAUAUUUUUUUUUUUUUAUAAAAAUACAGACUGAUUUGAUAUAAUAUAGAACUAAAUGUAUAAAAUAUGUUUAGGUAUAUUGUUUAAAUUAUGAUUCUUUUAAAAAGCAUGCUGUGCUAGUUUUAUUUUAUUAUACUAAAAAAUAUAUAUGCAGAUAUAUACCCAUUUUAAAGAAAUUAUAUGAUAAAUACCAAAAAUAAUUAAUAGUAACAGUAACCUAAUAAUAUAUACUUCUUAUUUUUAAUGUUUUAAUUUAUUAUAUUUUUACAAUUUGUUAUUAACUGUGUUUAUGUAUUACCUAUGUUGUUUAGUAUUAAUAUAUAGUUGUAUAUAUUUUCCUUAUAUUAUGAACUCUUUAAAUAGUAACCUCUAUAUCAACGAAUAAUUUAUUAAACGAUUGUUUAAAAUAAUAUUAUAUAGUUUAUUUGUGUAAUUAAAUUAUUUUUACUUGUGAGAUAUGAACAUAUUAGCAAGAUUUUAAAAUAUAAACUGUGCAUUUUAUCUAUAUUCAUAGAAG